CCCUCAAGUGGUCUAUUUAGACAUCUCGCUCGCGCGUUUCUUGAAAUCAUGAUGGCGACUGAAUCAAAUGUAACCAGCGCAACGGAAACGUUGAAGAAUGAGCCACAAGCUGGCGACUCUACCUUAACACUUUCUAAAGUUGAGGAAGGAGUGACUGAUGAAGGAUCUCAUAUGAUUCGCCUGAGGGAGGCACUUCAGAAAACUCUCAAAAAAUGUCUCGAGGCAGGGAGAUACAGUGUCUUUGCCCGUAGCUACUCUUUUGCUCAUGAGAAAAGUCCAGAAGCUUUAAGAAGUAUUAGAGAGCAAUUCCUGGAAAACCUGGAAUCAUACGUUCAGAAAGAAUUGGAGUUAAUGAUUGAAGAGGAAGGUUUGGUUAAACUGUUCAAUGAAUUGGAUCAAUAUAUACAGGAUGCUCCUACACAGCUUACACAGCCAGCAUGGAGACCAUCAGGGAACCCAGUGGAAGAUUCCAGAAGCCAUCUCGUCCAACCUAAACUAAAAGAGAAAGAGAGAUUAGAGCAUCUUUUAGAGCAGAUAGAGCAAGAAAACAAACGUCUUCAUCAAGCACUACUACCACGCAAGCAAUAUCUACUAUCUACUAAACAGAAGAUUACUGAGAAACUGAAAACAUUUGACAGGGCUGUGGCUGCCUGUAGGAAAAUUCCUGCAGAUGAAAUGGAGGAGAUGAGUGCUACAUUGUCUGGUGCUAUCUGAUGAUGAUGGGAUCAAGAACCAGGAGGUACAUGUAUAGUAUAAUCCAGGGAUAAGCAGUGUGCAUGGAUGCAAGCCCUUUGUAAGCUGUGUACAGUCUGCUUCAGAUGAAUCCAUUCAGAUACAGUCAUCAUUGAUGGGGAUUUGUAGCCAAGGACAGCUCCUUCACAGAACAUAGCUUUUUUUAAAUGAACAGUUACUGACCACUGUGGAAUGGACUACUUUUUUGUUGAUAAGGAAUAAUUGACUGGGAAGAUUGAGUUGAAUUCAGCAAAAUAAUUGUUGCAUUAUAAAAAAAAACUGUCUUUAAUCUUCAAAGUGACUCCAUUUUGAAGUAUUUUCUUCUGCUUGGAUCCUAAAGUCCAAAUUAAAAACAAGACACAAAUUUCUUUCCAAAAUGUAU